AAUUUUCUCCUCAGAAAAUUAAAGUUUUCAUCUUCACGCAAAAGGAAUAAUCUCCCGAACGGUUUCUUCCUUCUGUAGAUCAAAGCUUUCAUCGAAACCCUAGAUCUUUCCGAUUUCAAUUUCGCGAAUUAGAUCUCUCUGUUUCACACAAAGCAAAGCAACUUUUCAGAUCUGAGAAAAAAAGUUCAGAUAUGUCGAAGCCUUGGGGAGGGAUUGGAAUCGGGGCGUGGGCGGACGAAGCGGAGAAGGCGGAUGAAGAGCAGGCGGCGGAAGCUUCAGCCACCGCGGCGGAUGUGCAGAGUUUUCCGAGCUUGAAGGAGGCAGCGAGCAAUGUUAAGUCUAAGAAGAAGAAGAAGAUGACUCUCUCUGAGUUUGGUGCUUACGCGGCGCCUGCGGGUAGAAACUCCGUUGGGUUGACGCAGCAAGAGAUUCUUCAGCUGCCUACUGGUCCUAGGCAGCGCUCGGAGGACGAGAUGCAGCCUGGAAGGUUAGGCGGUGGGUUCUCUUCUUACGGAGGUCGUUCUGGUGGGAUGGGGAGAGAUCGGAAUGAUUCUGAAGGCUCUUGGGGUGGUGGUGGUGGUGGUGGGGGAAGGAGACCGUAUGGUGGUGGGUUUGAUGAUGAUAGGAGAGGAGGUUCGCCUAGGGUUUCGGAGUUUCCGCAGUCUUCGAGAGCUGAUGAGGUUGAUGAUUGGGGGAAAGGGAAAAAGUCGAUUCCUUUUGAUCAAGGGCGUCAGGGUGGUCGUUAUGGUGGCCUCGGAGGCGGUGGCGGUGGUAGUUUUAACGGCGGUGGUGGUGGAGGUGGUGGCAGUUAUGGCGGUGGUGGAUUCUCAAAAGCUGACGAAACUGAUAACUGGGCUGCUGGGAAAAGACAAGCUCCGGUUCGGUCAUCUACAUUUGGGUCCGGUUACGGUGACUCAGGACGUGAACCUGACCGUUGGUCUAGAGGAGUAGCCGUUGGUGGUGUUCAGGAGGAACGUCGUCGUUUGGUUUUGGAGCCACGAAAAGUUGACUCAGGAGGAGCGAGUGAGACUCCGCCAGCUGGUGCUAAGACGAGUAAGCCUAGCCCCUUUGGGGCAGCUAGGCCUAGGGAGGAGGUUUUAGCGGAGAAAGGUUUGGACUGGAAGAAGAUUGACUCGGAGAUUGAGGCUAAGAAAGGAGGUUCUCAAACGAGCAGGCCAACGAGCGCACAUUCUAGCAGACCUUCCAGUGCUCAGUCUAACAGGUCUGAGAGUUUGGGGAUGAAUAAUGUGGUGAAACCGAGGCCGAAGGUGAAUCCUUUUGGGGAUGCAAAGCCUCGAGAAGUGUUGCUGGAGGAACAAGGGAAGGAUUGGCGAAAGAUGGAUAUGGAACUUGAGCAUCGCAGAGUUGACAGGCCUGAAACAGAAGAAGAGAAGAUGUUAAAGGAAGAGAUUGAAGAACUAAGGAAAAAACUCGAGAAGGAAUCCAUUGCUCCAGAGAUCAAGCAAUCUGAUCAAGAACCUGGCACUAAUAAUAAUAAUCACCAUGAUUUACCAGAAACUCUACGUGGCAAAGAGAAAGCUCUGGAAAUACUAACCCGUGAGCUUGACGACAAAGUCAGGUUCAGGCAGAAACCAGUUGAGAGGCCCGGGUCUGGUGCAGGCAGAACCGGUUCUUACUCAGAAAGAACACACUCCCGGUCUGGAUCAAUCGAUGAAUCCAGGAGUUUUGAGUCCACAGAGAGACCAAGAUCUCGUGGAGCAGUUGAUGCCUGGGUUAGACCUGUUGAUGAUCAGCGAAGAAACUUCCAAGGAAGCAAAGAGCGUGGAUUCUUCAGCAACAGGCCGUCGUCUAGGGAAGGAUGGUAAGAAAGGAAAGGAAGACCAGCCAAAUGUUAGAUGUUCUGACAGGUGGUCCCUGUCAGGCGUUAAUUUGUAGUAAUAAAAAUUUAUCAUCUCCUUGAAAAAACACUCUAAUCUUUGUUCCUUUUUGUUGGUUCAUCUUCGGAAUCAGAGCCUUGUUGUUUUGUUUUGGUUUCCUUGUAAGCGAAGACGUGUGUCUCAAGAGAAUGUCUAUUUUGUUAUACUUUUUAAAGACAUGUUUGUUUGCCAGCAAA